AUUACCUUUCUCAAGGAAUAGAUCUCUCUGGAAUAGAAGUAAUUGAAAAUGACCUGCUUUUUAUUGCAAGAGCUCGGCUUGAGGUGGAAAACCAGGCUAAAAGGUUACUUGAGCAAGGUGUGGAGACUCAGAAUCCUACUCAAGUGGGAACUGCUCUUCAGGUUUUUUAUAACCUUGGUACUUUGAAAGAUACCAUUGCUAAUGUGGUGGAUGGAUACUGCGCAGUCCUGGAGGAGAACAUAAAAAAUGCUUUGGAUAUCAAAGUAUUGACCCAACCAUCUCAAACUGUUACAAGAGGUGGCCCUGGUAGAGCUGCUAUGCCAACACCUGGGAACACAGCAGCUUUUCGAGCAGCCCUCUGGACAAACAUGGAGAAACUCAUGGAUCAGAUCUGUGCUGCUUGUGGACAGGUGCAGCAUUUGCAGAAAGUAUUGGCAAAGAAAAGAGAUCCUGUGUCGCAUGUCUGCUUCAUAGAGGAAAUACUUAAGGAUGGCCAGUCUGAUAUUUUGUACAAAUUUUGGACUGCAGUAACUCAGACGCUUUCUUCUCAGUUUCAGUCAGCAACAGACUCCUCUAUGUUUUUGAAACAAGCCUUUGAAGGAGAAUACCCUAAAUUACUGAGGCUUUAUAAUGACUUGUGGAAGCGCCUGCAACAAUAUAGUCAAAAUAUUCAGAGGAAUUUUAACACGAGUGGAACUACUGAUCUCCUUGCUGAACUACAGCAAAUGGACGAAGAUACACAGGACAUAUUCAUGCAAAAAACCCAAGACUACGAUCCAGAAAAGGCCUUGAAAGAUUCACUGCAACAAUAUGAAGCUGCUUACUUGUCAAAAUCCUUAUCUCGACUCUUUGACCCCAUCAAUCUUGUUUUCCCUCCUGGAGGUCGGAAUCCUCCUUCUUCUGAUGAGCUUGACAGCAUCAUUAAAACCAUAGCCAGUGAGCUAAAUGUGGCUGCUGUUGAUCCAGACCUGAGUCUAGCUGUGGCAAAAAAUGUUGCAAAGACCAUUCAGCUCUACGGUGUAAAGUCUGAGCAGCUUCUGUCUACGCAAGGAGAUGCCAGCCAGGUGAUUGGGCCUCUCACGGAUGGGCAGAGGAGGAACGUGGCUGUAGUUAAUUCACUAUACAAACUACACCAGUCGGUUCUGAAGGUUGUUACCAGUCAGAGCUCAUUUCCAACAGCUGCUGAGCAAACAGUCACAACUGCCUUAAAGGCAGUCCAUGAUCUAAUGGGUAGUGCUGUUCAGCCGUUACUGAACUCUGUAGGAGAUUCAGUAGAAGCUAUUAUCAUCACUAUGCACCAGGAAGAUUUUUCUGGAUCAUUAUCCAGCUCAGGAAAACCAGAUGUCCCUUGUUCUCUGUACAUGAAAGAACUACAGGGUUUUAUAGCAAGAGUCAUGAGCGACUACUUCAGACAUUUUGAGUGUUUUGACUUUGUCUUUGAUAACACUGAAGCCAUGGCUCAAAGAGCAAUUGAACUUUUCAUUCGCAAUGCCAGUCUAAUAAGGCCCCUCGGUGAAGGAGGGAAGAUGCGGCUUGCAGCGGAUUUUGCGCAGAUGGAGUUAGCGGUGGCACCGCUGUGUCGGCGAGUCUCUGACCUGGGAAGAUCUUACAGACAGCUGAGAUCAUUCAGACCGUUGCUGUUCCAGACCAGUGAGCAUAUUGCCAGUAGCCCAGCUUUGGGAGAGGUUAUUCCAUUCAGCAUUAUUCUUCAGUUUUUAUUUACAAGAGCACCACCAGAGUUAAAAUCACCCUUCCAGAGGGCUGAGUGGUCCGUUGCCCGCUACUCCCAGUGGCUCGAUGAUCAUCCAUCUGAAAAAGACAGGCUUGCUCUCAUACGUGGUGCCCUGGAGGCUUAUGUUCAAUCGGUGCGAACGAGAGAGGGAAAGGAAUUUGCACCAGUCUAUCCCAUAAUGGUUCAGCUGCUGCAGAAAGCGAUCUCAACCCUUCAGUGA